AUGAGACGGAAUGUCUCACAAUUGCAAGCGCCCUCCGCUGCUGCUGUGCUCCGCCGAGGAAUCCGAUGCUGCCCUCGACCUUUCCCUCCCCUUCUUCUCGUCUCCGUCUAUAUCUCCUCUUCUCCGCAAUCUCCAAUCCGCUCUCGCCCCACUCUCUCUCUCUCCUCCUCGUCCUCUUCUUCUUCGGAGGAUUGUCUCCGGCCCUUCCCCAAGAUCCACCCCUUCCUCGGAACGGAGGAUUCCUCUUCUUACAAUGUCCAAAGAUUCUUAUGCAAAGCAAAAUGAACUUGGACCUAACUAUCUUGGUUACUACAAACAUCUUUUUUUCGAGCUGUUUUCUCAGAAUGAGGACAUUGAAUUACCCCUUUCGGGAUCAAAUUCUGAACCAUCAGCAGGAUAUUCUGAUGAUGUUCGACGCAUCCAUAACCAAGACAAGGGAUGGAAAGGUAAAAGCUGCAGCACUUCUGGUUCGUUUUUUGCAGGAGGGAUAGGUGAAGAGCUUUCAGAGUUUAAGAAGGAGAAGUUGAAGUCAAUUAUCCAUGAGAGCGCAGUUUGUUUUAAUCAAGAAGCUGAUGAGGUAUUUGGUCAAAUUUUAUCAGCAUUCCAGGCUGAAUCAGAUCGAAGGAAAAAAGAGCUAUUGCCAGGCUGUGCAAGUGCCUCAGAUGAAGACAUGAGUGAACCUAAUUGUGGUAGGAAGCGGAAAGCAUCUUUUUCUCCUAUUUCGGAUAGUUAUCUCAGCUAUACGGACAUUCUCAAUUCCCAAUCUAUUAGACAGGUUUAUAAUGAUACUCAAGCUGUUCAAGGAAAUGAUGAAAUAUGCCAGGAGGCCCUGGAGAAGGCUAACAAGAUUUCUGCAAAGCUUUGCAAGAUGGAACAGGAUCUUGAAGAAUUUUUAGAUGUGGUGGUAUCCAAAUGCAGAGAAAUGACUUGUGGUGAGAAGCGACAGCUUGGCAAGCAGAUCCAGAAGCUUCCAGAGAAGGCAUUUGACCGUGUGGUAGAAAUAGUCCAACAAACGAACCUCUCAGCAAGUCAUCUUUCUGACAAUAUCUUUAUAAAUUUGGAAGAACAGGUAAAAAUUUAGGACCCUCCCCAGACCCCGAAUGGCAGGAGUCUCGUGCAUUCGACGCCCUUUUUAACUAGUUUUGAUUAACUUAAUAUUACAUUCAUUUAUCUGAUGGUUUACCAUUGUAGGACAAUGUAACACUAUGGAGAUUGUACUACUAUGUUCAAACUGUAAAGAAGGCAAACAAGCUCUGAUUAAGGCAUGCAUUUUAGAUUGUUAACACAAGCCAACCUCACAAGUACAUUGUGCAACUUCAUAUUCGUGGAAGAUAGCAGUUGGUAUCAUCAAAAAUUUUGCAUCUAUGCUGGAUGGCGAAAUUUGUAUGUACAAAGGGAGAAGAAAAGAAAUAGGUUAAGUAGGAAUGGCACCUCCAUCCCCCUUUAGAUAUCACUUUCCAUGAUUCCUCUUUUUUUUCCCUCUUACUGGGGUAGGAAGAGCUUAUGUGCAUAAUAAGCGGCAACAUGUCUAGGAAUCUUGUUAUCAAUUGUAUGCUUAGUAAUAUUUGUAGUGAGACAAUUUUGGCUAUUUUGCAGUUGUAUAUUGGCCAGGCAUAUCCUCUCUGCAUGCUUUGUAUUGAUAGGCUCAAACAGUUUGUUAAGCUUCACUUCACAUAUUCAUUCUUUGAAUAACCAAAUAUUCUGUGGUUGAUCACUUUUUAAACUGUGGAUAGUGUCAUCUGAUGCCCUAAGAAAGCUGAUAGCAAUGUGGAAGACUAUUGACUGUCCAUCGUUAUACUCCAUACAGACAUUGUCACCUUUUUUAAAAAAAUGUGAGGGGAUAUCCCACCUGGAUUUCAUUAAGAGAAUGAAGCCAUAACUAAAAUACAAAAAAGGAAGGAGGCGAAGAAAGAGAAAGUCAUACAGAAAGGUGAACAGAGAGAACAAGAAGAGAUUAAAUAAAGAUCAGUAGAUCACUCUAAUUGGCUUUCCUUUUUUUUGUAUAAGUAAAUUGUUCAGGGCAGCUGAAACUGUACUCGGUCAUAUGCCAUGUUGUAAUUUAACCCCUACAGUAGCCACAAAAAGUAGAAGGGUGUGUACUGUUUUGAGUUCCUUCUUAUCUCUCAGAGAAAAUAUGGUGCACAUUCUGUCUGCAAGCAAAACUGUUGCUUGAAUGAUAUAUUUAUAUUAUGUAAGUAUAAAAAUGGUGUGA